CUGAGUUUCCAUUCUGUGCUCCUUGGUUCUUAUGGAGUGUGUGCAGUUGUAAUCUGUGUUUGUGAAUAUGCUGAUCAUGGUGAUGUGACAGUAGUUGUCGCUCUGUGUUUGUAUUGUAAUAAUAUUUGUACCACUAGUGAGGAUAUCCAGUUUUCAAAAUGACAUCAAUGAUGAGUAUUCCUCGACAAAUUCCAUUGCUUGUCGUCGACGAAGAGGUACUUCUGCCGGGAUCGUCGAUGAAAAUCCCCGUUACAAAUUCACGAAACAUGGCAAUGAUUAAGAGUCGUCUUCUAAAUCAACGCUCACUGACAAGCACCAUAAUAGGAGUUGUACCUAAAGAACCCGAACAACAUUUGGACAUUUCUGGCAAUGCUCCAUUGCAUACAGUUGGUACUGCUGCAGUUGUUGUUCAAGUCACUGGUAUCAGUUGGCCCCAGCCAGCAUUUACACUCCUUGUGACAGGAUUGUGUCGUUUUCGACUGGAGAAACUUGUAAUGGAAGUACCAUAUUUAGUUGGAGUAGUCACACAACUUGACAAACUGGCAGUUGAUGAUGAAGAUGAUGAAAAUCAGGAACUGAUGGAUCUUAUUCAGAGCUUCAGACUAGAAGCCUCAAAACUACUUGGAAUGUUGGAUGUUUCUAAUUCUACUGUGGCUAGAUUGAAGAAGAUGCUUGGCACUCUGCCAGCUCAUCACCUCGCUGAUCUCUGUGCAUCUCUUGUCAGUGCGUCUUUCAUAGAGAAACUGCAAAUUUUGGAUGCAGUGGACUUGUCAGAACGUCUGAAGAAAGCUUUGCCUCUCCUUGUGCGUCAGAUUGAAGGCUUGGAGAUGUUGCACAAAUCUCCAAACAGUCAUACAGAAAAACACUACACUGUACCACCUAAAACUAAAGUUAUGAUCAUAAGACCUCAGCGAGGCAUGUUUUCUAGAAAUGAUGGCGUCAUACCAACAGACGAUGAAGGGGAUGAACUCCAAGAACUUCAGAACAAACUGAGGGCUGCCAAGCUACCUCCACAUGCUUAUAAAGUGGCAAUGAAGGAGUUGCAGCGCUUAAAGAAAUUGGCAUCAAUUAGCCCAGAGAGUGGUAUCAUACGCACCUAUGUAGAACUGAUGGCCGAACUUCCGUGGUCAAAAUCGUCUCCUGAAACAAUUGAUAUCAAUAAGGCACGACAGGACUUGGAUGAGGAUCAUUAUGCGAUGGAUAAGUUGAAGCAGCGAGUGCUGGAGUAUCUGGCUGUCAGGCAGUUAAAAAAUAGCCUUCGAGGACCAAUUCUCUGCUUUGUUGGGCCUCCUGGUGUUGGCAAAACCAGUGUUGGGCGUUCCAUUGCCCAAACUCUUGGACGUGAAUUUCAUCGCAUAUCCCUUGGAGGCAGUUGCAACCAAUCAGAUAUCAGGGGUCAUCGCCGAACGUACAUUGGCGCAAUGCCUGGCCGAAUCAUCCACGGCUUAAAGACGGUAGGCGUUAACAACCCAGUCAUGCUACUUGAUGAGAUUGACAAACUAGGCACAGGUAUUCAUGGGGACCCGGCAGCAGCUCUGCUGGAAGUUUUGGACCCAGAGCAGAACUGCAACUUCGUGGACCACUACCUGAAUGUGCCAUUUGAUCUGUCUCAAGUGAUGUUUAUUGCCACAGCCAACAACACCAAAACCAUUCCUCCUGCUCUACUUGACCGUAUGGAACUGAUCUUUGUCCAAGGGUACACACAGGAAGAAAAGUUACAUAUUGCUUCACGUCACCUUCUGCCCAAGCAACUGGAGGAGCAUGGCCUCACAUCUCACAUGCUGCAACUUCCAUUGGAGAGCAUCAAGACUCUCAUAUCAUACUACACUCGUGAAGCUGGGGUUCGAACUCUGGAGCGCAAAUUGGGAGCAUUGUGCCGUGCAGUAGCUGUUCGUGUUGCUGAAAUGAAUAUGGAUACCACAGGGGAUCUCACUAGCAAGGACAGUGGGAGAACAAAACUGCCUAUAUUCUUGGAUGAAGCUGCACUUCAGGAUAUAUUAGGGCCUGCAGUGUACUCCAGCAAUGAGCUGUGGUCUCGACUGGGGCAACCUGGCGUGGCAGUGGGCUUGGCAUGGACAACUGUCGGCGGUGAGGUGUUGCUUGUAGAAGCAAGCAAGAUGGAGGGAGAUGGUGAACUAGUGCUCACUGGUCAUCUUGGUGACGUUAUGAAAGAGUCUGCUAAGUUAGCCCUAAACUGGGUUCGCACAUCUGCACGUGAGUAUGGCCUGCAGAUAGAUGGCGAGCUCCUAUCUCGCACAGAUCUCCAUAUUCAUUUUCCUGCUGGUGCAGUUGGUAAGGAUGGGCCAUCUGCAGGUGUGACCAUAGCAGCAGCUUUGAUCUCUCUGUUCUCUGAGCGACCCAUUGAUACUGAUGUUGCCAUGACAGGCGAGAUUACAUUGAGAGGUGUAGUACUUCCAGUCGGUGGAGUGAAGGAGAAAGUUCUAGCAGCCCAUCGUGCUGGGCUGAAACGAAUUAUUCUACCUAAAAAGAAUGAAAAGGAUUUGCAUGAAGUUCCUGAUAAUGUGAAGAAGGAUCUUGCAUUUGUGUUGGUGAAUCAUGUUGAUGAAGUUCUGCAGGCUGCAUUCGCUGGUGGCUUCCCGACAGUUACUAGCCCACAAGAUGUAGGAUCUGUCAUGAGCAAACUUUAGGUGGGGCUAUGAUUUUAUUUUUAAUAAGGAGAGGUAACCUCCGGAGAAAUACGUGAUAUUGAUGCCUUGAACCUUGUUCCUUAGUUUUAAUGUAAUUAGUUCCUUUUAGCAUAAGAACAGAAUUGAUGAAUUUAUGAGCUCCAUUGAUAUUACACGUCUCUACAUAUGUUUCAUCUCAUUUAAUUUGGCCAUUGUGCCGACAGAAUUUCAGUGUGUCAAAUGCUGUAUUUUUUAUUUGUUAUGUGCUUCUGUUUAUUUUCUUCAUAGAGUAUGAAUCUUAUCAGUCAUAGUGUUAUAGAUAAUAUUCCAUUACUUUAUAAGGAACAAAGCAUUUUUGAAAUGCUUGAAGGAAUGAGUAGAAAAUGGAUCUUUUUUUGGGGGGUGGGUAUAUACUUGGAUAAAAUGAAAUGUAAUAAGGAUGAACAAAUUAAAUUAAUGGGGAGAACAAGAGGCUGAACUCAUUCAGACUAAGAAAGUAAAUGCAUAGUCUACUUGGAAUUCACAGACAAUUACAGAGCUAAACAAAGAACUGUGUUCUUUGAAUACUGUGCUCAAGAAUCUCGAUCCAAAUUCUCUCUUACCGAUCAAAUGGGUGAAAGUCUUUGGGGAGACCAUCAAAUGCUGGCAUGAGACUAGAUGUGGAAAGCUAUUGAUGACGAUGAUAACAAUUAAUUGUUAUUAAUGCAGAGAACAACAAUUUGUAUCACUGAUAACCCAUAUUGAUAUUGUCUAAUUAAGAUGUAUAUCCAAGUUUCUUGUUACCUACAGUAAAUAAGUCAAAUCGGUAAAUGUGAAAAACAUGUUUAGAUUGGAAUUGUUUUGUUUUGCUCUUUGCAAAUUCGGAAGAACUGAAGUCAUUGGCAUGCUACGCCAUAUAUCGUGCAUAUGUGCAUAUCCGUUUGUAUUUUAUUGCCAUGUAAGUCAUUUUAUUUUCUGCAGUUUGACUGCUGCUAUGAAACUUUUGGAAAGUAGUCCCAUCAUGAAAAUGAAUAGUCUCUUACAUGUAUUAAGUAAGUUGACCCACAAAGAUGGAAGCAGCAUAAGGAUAUGGAAGAGCAUAAUGUAUAGUGUUAUAAAUAUUUAUGUAAAAUAUCAUACAUAAGUUAGUGUAUAUAUUUGUUAUAAAACUAUUCGAUUUGCAGAUGGAGUUAGGGUUUCAGGUGAAGUACUUACAUUACUAUUUUUAUAUUACUGGUUACAAUUUUGCUUUUUUAAGGAUUUUCUAGCUUAUGUUACAUAUAUUAAAAGCCGGUCACAGUGGCCGCGAGGUCUGAGGCAUGGGCCUUGUGCUGCUUGGACACUGGGAUUGUGGGUUCGAAUCCCUCUCAAGGCAUGGAUGUUUGUCAGCGUCUUUCUGUAUUGUGCUGUCCUGUGUACAGGUAGAGGCCUUGCGAUGGGCUGAUCACUUGUCCAAGGAGUCCUACCAAAUGUCUAAAUUAGAUCAAGCAACCUCCAAAAAGAGAGGAAAAAGCAGACCCUGCCAAUGCAGGACAAAUGCUAAAGAAAAAGAAGAUUAUUACAUAUAUUAAAAUGUGUAUAACUUCAUUAGACAUAAUAAUAUGACAUUUUGUUAUGGUGUUGUGUAAUUUAUCAUACCUGUAUACCAUUUGCUGUAUCAGAACAAAGUACAGGUUUCUAUGGCA